AUGCUGGGCAGCCUGAACCCUGAGAAGGUGAAGGACCUGGCGAUGCACUCCCCAGGCGGAUCUCUGGAUGACGCGCCUGUGCUGCCGCGGGUGAAGACCACUACGGACUUCUCCUGGCUGAGCAAGCCCUUUCGGGAGAUGACCGACAAGGAGCUGAAAGGCUACUCUCUGUUGAUUGCGGUGGGCGAGUGCUGCCGCGACCACUUCCUCAACGUCCGGGGCCUGGUGCGCGUGGGCAAGAUUGGCGCCACCAAGCAGGGCCUGCUGAGCUACUUGGCCUUCAUGGAGCUCCUGAAGAAGUUUCGGGUCACCCACGGCCUCGAGACCUCCUCGGAGCUCCAGGAGUUCAUGCGCAUGGUGGACCCCUGCUCGGCUGGACUGCUGGACCCCGUGGAGCUGGAAAAGGCCAUCAGCGCGGUCCGCGAGGACGAGGCGCGCCGGCGGCCCAAGGCGCCCCCGAAAGGCGGGCAAUUUGCCGCGACUCUGGGAGAGCAGGCGCGGCGCCUCAGCAACUUGCCCAACGAGGUGGACGUGAAAGGGGCUGAGGUGCCGUGCGCCUUUGGCACCGCCGCCUUCAUUGAGAGCUUGCUGUUGCUAGGAUACCGGCACAUGAACGGCAGUGGGCAGCCCAUCAAGUGCUGCGCGCCGGCGGCCGCCAAGGCCAUGUACCUGAUCAACUUUUUGCACCACCAGCACGACCGACUGGCAAAAGAGGUGGUGUGGCGGAGGGAGCAAGAGAAGGCAGCGGCCGCCGAGCAGGCGGCCACGGUGCUGGUGCGGCCCCGCAGCCCUCCGCCCGCUCCCACGCCCAAGGCGCUGGUGAUUCCCAGGGUGUCUGCCAUGAACAAGAUGGUGGGCGCUGCCCGGAAGGUGCUGCGUGCCCAGCGGGAGGCGCGGUCCAACCAGCACCGCAACGCGGUGGUCACGGCGGUGGACAUCCCAGAUACGGACGCCGGGACCUCGCCGAGCGGGAAUUCCAGCCCCUCCCAGUCGAGCUCCAGAUGUGCGCUGGAGCCAGGCCCCGAGCCUCCGCUCAGCAGCAGGGGCAACGUGCCUCCAAAGGAGCGGCAGACGCGAGUUGGUUUCACCUUUGAAGCGCGCCUCGCGUGCAGGCCGUACAAGGGCAAGCAGGGCGAGGAAGGGCUAGUGGGGGCCAAUGAUUCCCGGGCCCCAGUGGCCAGUGACCAGGAGGAGAAGCCCGUGCAUUGGCCGGACAGCGCGGCGUACACCACCGCGGGGCUCCUAGCAUCUUCCGCGGAUCCCGAGGUUUUGGGAUUUUCGAAGUGGGGAUAUGCAAUUUAA